UAACCACUAAGGACUUGUAUGUCAGACCUAGACUAUUCUAGACCUCUACAUUUAUCCUUUUCGCACUUUUUAUUUCAGGAAAUUAGACCCAAUGAGUUUGGAAAUGGGCGGUCUAGAACUUUUGACCUCCGUUUGCCCAUAUCUUCAAGUCAAAAGUGAAAACUUGUUGAACUUGAAGUUUUGCCUAUAGGGCAAGUGAGUUCAAAAGUUCACGGCCAGCCACCUCUGAGGUCAUUCUUGUAAAUCACCCUUUUUAUUUCGAAGGUCAAGAUUGCUGGGAAACGAAGAAAAUUUCCUGGCAUUUGAUCAUAUUCAAAUUUGUCAUCCGUGAUUGGUUUAAGAUUGAAAAAGGAUUUAUAAUAUGUUAGCUUCUUAUUUCUAAUACAGAAAUAUUUGGUCAAAUUCUUAUUGUUUAGCUCAUCAUAAUAUCCCUUUCCUCAUUCUUUUUUGCCUUCAGGAGCUAGUUCAUUAAUCGGAUAUUUACUAUUUACUUUUGCUUUAAAUGGUUGAGAACCUUCCAAAACAAAUAAAACGUGUCUAAAUACAAGAACAACAGUCACCAAAGUGAAGUCUUUUUUCCCACAAAGUCAUUUGUUACUGUAUUAAUCUUGCAUAGUUAGCCAGUGGUCUCAUUGAAGUAUUAUAUUUCUGUGGACAAUUUGGUUGUUUUCCUCGAUGUAUGUGCAACUUAGCACCUAGAAACAAUAGUCUUUUGGGUUGGUCAUUCCCCUUAUUGUGCCACCUGCCCCAUCCCCUUACUAAUAUCUCACUUCUGUAGCUAUAAAAGUAGGAGUCUUUCCUCCAUUUCUUCCGUUAACCAAGUGUAAGGGGUUACAAAGAAUCAUAAAUAGAAGUUCUCCACUUUGAGAAAACUUUUAAGAAACUUUCCCUUUUCUGGCAAACCUUUCACUGUUGAUCCAACAAAAUGAGCUCCGACAAAACAUGCAGUAGCUCCUCCUGGACUAAGGAGGAAGACAAAGCAUUUGAGAACGCCCUGGCUAUCUACUCUGGAGAUAGCGAUCUACUGAUAAAGAUUGCAGCAGCAGUUCCUCAGAAAUCUCUUCAAGAAAUUACUCAGCAUUAUAAUGACCUUGUUGAAGAUGUCAACGACAUUGAAUCGGGAAAAGUCCCCCUACCCAAAUAUGGGAAAAUGCAAAGUUAUUCCAGCCGUAGAAGUAGAUCAUCGGGAGCAGUGGUAGAACGGCGAAAAGGGAUUCCUUGGACUGCAGAAGAACACAGGUCGUUUCUCCAAGGGUUGGAGAAAUAUGGUAAAGGUGAUUGGCGGGGUAUAUCGAGGAACUGUGUGAGAUCUAGAACACCAACACAGGUGGCAAGCCAUGCCCAAAAGUUCUUCAUUCGAUUAAAUAACAAUGACAAGUCGAAGAGGAGAAGCAGCAUUCAUGAUAUCACUAGCGUGAAUGCUGCUGAUACUACUGAAUCCUCACAAGAUCCAAUCACUGAAAGUUUUCUUCUAGUUCCGCUUCUUGCUCUUCCAAUUCAGAAAGACUUGUCGGAAAUCGCCGGUUGGGUUGGUCCGACCAAGAAAGGCAUGGGACUUUUGGGCAUUGCUUGACUACGUAACUGAAGCUUUUGACGCAGGAAUGAUAUCUUUACCAGGGCUAGCUACCAACUGCGCUAUUGAAGGACCAUCUGCUGUGAACCCCGAGAAAUUCCCGCUUGGUGCUGCUGUUGGUAGUGAGUUGAAUAAUUCAUUUCCGGACAUGGAUGAGUUCCUGCAAAGUAUAGACGACCUAAUCACUGAACCGGCAGACGGAACCUCUGGAGCAGUUGCUGGUGGCACCGGAAUGUACACUCAUCCGGUCGUUAAAGUUGGGUCCUUAGAAGAGCUAAUGACCAAUCAGUUGGUUGGAUCCACUCAAGUAGAUCCUAUGGCUAACACUACAAGUUUGCCAUUAGCAAUUGUUGAUCAGAUGGGAGUCCAUGAUUGUAUAGCUUCAGGCAGUGGUGUUAAGAAUAGUUUUGAGAGCACCAUGGGAGCUCCCGAGGGAGGUUUUCGUGUCGAUUCCUUGCAAUUGCCAUCAAUUCCUGGAACUAAUGGCGGUGGAAUUCAUCCCUGUACAAAUCCUACCAUGCACUUACCAUCUAUUCCCGGCACUAGUGGUGGUGGAACUAAUUAUCAUGGUUCAAAUCCGAGCAGCGAGGAAGACGACAUCUUUGAUUUGGAAGACCUAUUCUCAGAUCCCAUAUUUGGUUUUUCCAAAUAAGAAUCUGUUGUUUAUAGUGGUAAACCAUAACCUCUCUCGGGUUUCACUAGAAUGGCCACUGCUUUGUCAUGGAUGAGCCAAUGCAGCAGGCGCCUAUUACUUCACGAACUCUCAUGCCAUUACGUGUUCCUUGCCUGGUUGGUUCGUUUGCAGCAUCUUCUGGCCGGUGUAUUGUUCUGUUGUCGCAUCCUUCUAGAUAUGACUCUACUUGCAUAUCCAGUGCUGGCUUUUAUUGUAUAUGAUGUAUGUAAUAGCAAACUUUGUCAGCAGGUUAAAUAUAUAGAAUUAUUUAGAA